UCACUCCUCAUACAUAGGCUCCCUGUGUGUACGCCGCUCCUGUAGAAGCAGGAGGAUGAACUGAUGGCUCGUAUUUCUUUUGACUUUCACGUUAUGUUGUUUUGUGUCGCUACUGUUGCGGUUAGUUUCCCGCCCCCUGGCCUGUCGCCAUCCCGCUGAAUGUCUGUGAGAGCGGACUGACUGCAGGUGAAUGUCCGGAGUGUGAGAGCAGUUCUCUGGAUUGAUGCUGGCGGAGAACACGCUUUGAAAAAACCUCCAUCACCGCACGACUGAGUGUACACUGAAAGAGAUGAAGAACAUGGUGAGGUGACAAAGCUGGGAUCAAUAGAGGAGAGUGCAGAGGAAGGAAGGUGACAAUGAAGCAAGGAAGCUCCACACCAUGGAAAAUCAUCAAAAGGGUGAAAAAAACCAAUAUGUUUUUUAUGUUUUUACAGCAUUGCAUUGCAUGUUGUCCCCGACUUUUUUGUCUUUCAACCCGUUAAAACAAAGCCAUAUCUACUUAUGAACAUUUUAAUUAAAAAGGUACUCAAAAAUGAUAUUUUUAGACACAUGGGGAGGGGCAAUUACUGUCUCGGCUGUGUAUUUGCAGGUGACAGCAGGGGAUCAGGUGGUUGUUUUUCUGCAGGUUGAGUUCUAGUUCAAAGUGUCUUGUUUGCUAGAAUGUAACAGAAAAUGAAAGACCUGCCGGCCAGACUGGUGCGCGAGGUGUGAAUGACGAAUGACACGAGCGAGCAACAGUGUUAGAAGUAUCGCCCGGAGCUGUGGCCGCUGUGCUGAUAACUAAGUGUUAACACGGGACGCUGUUUCUAUCAGAAAAAAGCUAGAAAUGUCAGGUGACGAUGCACAUAAUAUCUUUUUAUUCAAGAUCUCUCGUCUUCAUGUUGCAUCUGUUGCAUCUUUAACUGAAGCUAUCCCUAUUUGGAUAUAGAACAAUUGAAUUAUAUACAUAUUAGCAAAGUGCUUAUAAUGAUGUGUUCUAUCAGCACACUCUGGUGUGAUAAUAUCGUGUAUAAUUACUUUCCAACCUGCUGUUUAUUUCCAUCCAAAACGACUUCAAAAGCACAGACAGGAGAGAGAUGUAAUCUGCAUGCCCAUGGGGGGUCUGCACCCACAUGGCCGAGUCUCUCUAGCUGAGAUAAAAAAAAUGUUCCUCCAUCUGUGGAUUCAUGAAACGCUCUGAUGAAAGACUGGAACAGCGGGUCCCAGCCGAAUGUUUUUGAAUUAGUCAACUUUUGUGUCUAAUCUUUAACUCUUUUGUACGCCUGGGGUUUUUAAGUUUAAAGGCUGAUGAGUAACACGUCCUGGAACUGCCUCAACACAAUGCCAUCCAAAUAAAAGGAUUGGAGAACUAUUGUUUCAGCACUUGUUUUGCUUCCAAACAGUGAUGUUGUUACUCUUCCUUGUGAAGUGUUUGAAGUGCUCGGUCUACAGAGAAGCAGAACAAUGUUUUAUUUAGAUUGAAAGUGAAAUCUGUUUGUGUGUUACAGGAUCUGGCUCGCUGCACUGCUAUGACUCUGAGCUGCUGAAGAUUUUGCUUUAAAAAAAAAAAUUUCUCCAUCCUUCUCGAAGCCUUCUUGAUUUCACAAUGGGUUCCCGCAGCCAAGGCUUCUUCCACCACCACCACCAUCGUAGCUCCAUGGUGCCCACUCUGGUGCCGCGGCUCCUGUCUGAGAACGGCAGCCUGUUGGGGAGCAUCGCCCAGAUCACCCCCAACCUCUUCCUCAGCAGAGGGAACGUAGCGUCCAACCGCAGCCUGCUGCUGUCCAAAGGCAUCACCUGUGUGGUCAACGCCACCAUCGAGCUCCCCAACUUCAACUGGCCUCACAUGGAGUAUGUAAAGGUCCCUCUGGCCGAUAUGCCCCACUCCCCCCUCUCGUUGUACUUCGACAGCGUGGCUGAUAAGAUCCACAGCGUGGGACGAAAGCGAGGGGCGGUGCUGGUGCACUGUGCGGCGGGGGUGAGCCGCUCCGCCUCUCUGUGUCUGGCGUACCUCAUGAAGUAUCACCGUGUCUCUCUGGCCGAGGCCCACGCCUGGGUCAAAGCCCGCCGCCCCGUCAUAAGGCCCAACGGCGGCUUCUGGCGCCAACUCAUCGAGUACGAGAGGAAGCUGUUUGGUAGAAACUCCGUAAAGAUGGUGCAGACGCCCUACGGGGUCAUACCUGAUGUUUAUGAGAGGGACCGCAGGAGCCUGGCUCCGUACUGGGGCCUGUGAGAUCCACAGUGUGGAGAACGAGGAGGAAGUGAAGUUGAGCCCUUUGGCCCUCCUGAUCGGCAGCUUCAUGUGUGUUCAGGACCGGCUAAGUGAGACGUGUGUAAGCGUACAUCUGUUUAAGGCUUAUUUAAAGAAUUCUGGUGGCCUUGGGAUGGAGGGACUUUUUAACCAAACACUGAUGGUUGAGGCUGUUCCAACCAGUCACCUCGAUGUAGUCUUUGGGCAGGAACAAUGUGACUCUUGAUCAGUACCACAACAAUGUCAGCGUGGAUAUCGGUGCUGUCUAUCUCCUGGUCCUUCUUUUUAGUUCCACUGUAGGAUGAGCCCUCGGUGAAGCUGUUCUCUGAGCUCUGCAGCUCUGACAGUGAAGUGACGAAGUCCUGUUCCUGGCGUAAUGAUGUCAUGUGUGGUGGUGUUGUCCCAGUUCUGCAGUACUCUUUAGUGUGAAGGGCAGCAGCAUUCUCUCAAUGUAUGGUAGCAUUUAUUUAACGUGUACAGAAAAAAUAUUGACAAAUGAUUUGAUUAGAAUAUAAUGACUGUGAGGAACAAAAAGCAUUCUUUAACUGAAUAUUUAAAGAUGUUAUUAUACCUGCCUUUUUUAAAGGUGAAUAUCUAGAAGUCAAAGGUUAGGUCCUGUGUACCACAGGGUUGACUGUUCCAUCCUGUGAACACACUAUGUUAUUGUAGUGCUUUUUGAUGCUGUUUAAAAAAUAAUAAUAUAUAUAUAUAUAUGCCGCCUCUAGGGGAACUGGUAGCUCUAUGAUAGAUGCUUUGAAGAUUAUUUUUCAUCCCACCGCUUUUGCCGAGGGAUGUCAGAAGCUGAAGGUCCUAAAUCUGCUGUUGGUUGACAUUUUUACUUUGCUGCAUGUCCCGUUCCAAAAUCCAUAAUUACUGUGCACUUUAAAAAAAUGAAUACUGCAUUAAAUCACAUUACACCCUGUUAUCAAGACUUAAACCAAUAUUAUCACAAAAAAAGUAAAAGAUGCAGUGAUUCAUGCUUGAUGUUACAUUAUCUUCCUGUUUGAGUGGCAAAUUCUGUAUCAAACAUAUUGUGUAAAAGAUAUGUAAAGCCGAGUUUUAUGUAUUUUAAAUCCAGCAUUGUGUACAUCAAUGUUUAUGUGAUAGCAGUCUUAUUUUUCCCCGCUUCUGUUGGUGCUUUGCUGCGUCUUGUGGCACAUUACCGCCACCAGUAGAUCAGUUGGAAAACACUAAACCUUAUGCAGGAUUGUGUUUCAUGUUGCUUGUGAAAGAAACUAAAUACUAGUAAUAUUCACAGUUAAGCUAUAAUUGAAGAAGUAAAACAUUGCACAUUUGGAAAAUAACCAAAAAGCACAAACCAACCAAAUAAAUAUGACUCUAAACAACAGCCACUUAUUUGUUUACCAGUAGCAUAUUAAAAUGUAUCCUAGCUGCCAGAUUUAGCUCUUCACAAAAACCAAACAAGGACUACUUUUUCUGUAUGUGUGUGGUCCAGAGCAAAUUCACACGCUUCAGAUAAUGCAAUGCUACGUGAAGUGGUUGAUGUGACACAUUUAAAAUGACCUCUUAAAGUUGUCUGUUUUUAACAGUCCAAAAGAUAUAAGAGAACAUGUAGCAAUUUAUGACGUUUUAGAAGCUGAAACAAGCGAUAAAUGAUUAUAUGAUUGUUUAAAAUCAUGAAUUUAUUUUCUUUCUGUUGCACUAAUCUCACAUCCUUUUAUCACAUGACUAUGACAUAUAUGACUGUAUGGGGUUAGGGUUGUAUGGUAAUUAACCAUGACUCUUACCUAUACUGCAGUAAAACAUCACUGUUGGGUGUGGUCAUCUCACAUAACGCAGCAGUAAUGUUGACAUUUUCAGAAACAGAGAGAUCAGUGCAACAAUGUUUUUUUUAACAAUGCCAUAAUGUAUUACGUGUCAUAUUACAAUAUUAAAAAAAACAAGUUUAGGGGUGAUUAAGUAGGAUACAGAUGAUCUGUAAUCUGUCUAAUGUUUUCUUUCCCCAAGAUAGUCGUAUUAAAAUACUAAGAACAAAA